ACUAACUUCAGCGUCGCCGAUAAGGGCUUCCAUGUGUCUCGCUAACGAUUUCAAAGUUCAUUUGGAGAACAGGAAAAGAAGUGCAACAACAACUCGAAAUAUUUGUUGGACACCAUGGCUUUAUACAGUCGAGUUUCAGGCUCUGUUGGCAUGAUAACUCUGCAGAAUCCUCCCGUCAAUGCACUGAGUGCAGCGGUGAGGCAAGGCAUUGUUGACAUGAUGCACAGAGCGCUCAGUGAGCCAGAGGUGAAGUCUGUGGUAAUCUGUGGCCAGAAUGGAAAAUUUUGUGGAGGAGCAGACAUCAGAGAGUUCGGGGCCAAGAUGACCGGGCCUCCUCUGGUGCCAAUGGUCCAUCUGAUCGAGGCAGCAUCCAAACCGGUGGUGGCAGCCAUAGAGGGGAUCGCUUUAGGCGGAGGCCUCGAGUUGGCGCUCUCUUGUCACUAUCGUAUYGCCCACUCUAAGGCCAGACUGGGAUUUCCAGAGGUGGCUUUGGGUCUGCUGCCAGGCGCAGGAGGAACKCAGCGUCUGCCGAGGCUCACUGGAGUCCCAGCUGCCUUGGACCUCAUCAUCACAGGCCGCCACGUGACUGCAGCUGAGGCUCGGCAGCUAGGAAUCGUUGAUGAGGUGACGGAUCUCAACGCUGUGGAUGCAGCAGUCAAGUUUGCUCAAAGUGUGGCAGGUAAAUCUUUGGAUGCGCGCCGCAUCAGCACCUAUCCGUGUCCACGUCCCCCCGAUUUGGAUGCGAUCUUUGAAAGGGCGAUGCAGCAGGUGCGGCGGAGCGCCCGCGGAGCCAUAGCACCGGGCACUUGUGUCCAAGCAGUUCACGCUGCCGUCACUCUGCCCUACGCUAAGGGAAUGGAGCGAGAGCGGGAACUGUUUUCCCUACUCUUCACCUCAGGUCAGGCCCGCGCUCUGCAGUACUACUUCUUCGCCCAGAGAGCCGUCAGCAGGUGGAGCACAGCCAACGGAGCCCGCUGGGACACCAGCAAGCCCAGGCCUGUGCRUAAAGCAGCUGUCAUCGGGCUUGGCACCAUGGGUCGAGGUAUAACUGUGUCCCUGGCCCGGGCAGGGUUCUCUGUGGUUGCCGUGGAGACCCAGGAGAAACAGCUGUCAGAGGCAAAGCAGGCGGUGUCUGGCAUGUUGGAGAGGGGGGCCAAGAGACGAGGGGUGCCCCUGGCACACGAUAAAAUCAAGUACAGCUGCAGCGUCCAGGCUGUGGCAGAUGUUGACCUAGUCAUUGAAGCCGUGUUUGAGGACAUGGCUCUGAAGAAAACCGUCUUCCAGCAGCUGUCGGCCAUAUGCAAACCAGGCGCGCUCCUGUGCACAAACACCUCUGGGCUCGACGUAGACGAGCUGGCUUCUCAAACCCAGAGUCCAGAACUGGUGGUCGGGAUGCACUUUUUUGCGCCAGCUCACGUCAUGCAGCUGCUGGAGGUGGUCUACGGGCCGCGCUCGUCCCCCGAAGUCGUGGCCACCGCCAUGCAGAUGGGGAAGAUGAUGGGAAAAGUGAGUGUCGCAGUUGGAAACUGUCGGGGAUUUGUAGGAAACCGAAUGCUGAAGCCGUACUUGGAACAAGCGUUCUUCCUGUUGGAAGAGGGAGCCACACCUGAGCAGGUGGACCAGGUGCUGGAAGAGUUCGGGUUUGCCAUGGGUGUGUUCAAAGUGUCCGACCUCUCUGGCCUGGACGUUGGCUGGAAGGUCAGGAAGGCGGAUGGUUUAGUUUCACCCGCCUCUACGGGAAAGUCCGCUAGAAUCCGAGGCGGCAGCAGGUACAGCCCUCUGGGAGACCUGCUGUGUGAGCACGGAAGGUUUGGUCAGAAAACAGGCAGAGGGUGGUAUCAGUACGACAAACCCGGUGGCCGUGUGGCCAAACCUGACCCUUGGCUACACGGGUUUCUGGAGGAGUACCGAGCCCAGCACGGCCUGGUGGCACGUCGCAUCGACCACCAGGAGGUGCUGGAGCGCUGCCUCUACGCGCUGAUCAACGAGGGCUUCCAGAUCCUCCAGGACGGGAUCGCCGCAGGACCGGAAGACAUCGACGUCAUCUAUGUGCUCGGGUAUGGCUGGCCCCGGCACCGCGGGGGUCCCAUGUUCUACGCUGGCCAGGUGGGUCUAGACAAGGUUGUGGAGAGGCUGGAGCACUACCAGCAGAUCCACCCUGAUGUUCCAGGUCUGCAGCCCUGCAGCUUGCUCCGGAAGCUGGCAGCCAGCGGCAACCCAGCGAUCCACAAAUGGAGGGAGGUCAUCCAGAAACCCCGCAGCCAGCUUUAAACUUCAGCUCACCUCCAGUGUGACAGCAGACUUUUCUAAUUACAUUGCUAAUUAACCAAAUUAAUGUAUAUUUACUUUGCACUCGCAUGUAGCUUUAAUGCGAUGCAUUAAAUCACUCUCAUCAUCUGUUUGCUUUGUAUUUAUCAAUGCAAACGUAACAAUCGUUUAGAGGGUUUAAUUUAUUCAAAUAAAAGUUGAAGAACCUACAGAAAUGAAGUGUAACAGAUUUGUCACACUUAAAUCUUUCAAACAUAAAUCACAUUUUAAUAUCAACCAUACCAAACAACUCCAAUUAACCUGACCCUAUGUGAAAAAGAAAUGGCCUGCUAAAGAGUUCAUGUUGAACUGCCUGUUUAAGACCAUACCAUUUCAUCUCAGUCAGAAUUAGAUCCAGACUUUGACUAGACCACUGCAAAACCUUCAGACGUGCUUGGUAACAUUGUCUUGCACCAUGUUACCAAAUGGGCUUAAUUUUAACAGCACAAAUCGGCGGGACAUUUGCUUUCCAGGUUUUAAAUUAGAGUUGUAACUUUUUCUGAAAUUCAGUAUUUUGUUGUGAGAUGUAAUGAGUCAAACGCCUGCCAAAUAAUUUCCACUUUUACCUUGUCAGUCCACAGAAUAAUUUUCAAAAAGUCUUUGGUAUCUUCAAGAUGUUUUCUGAUAAUUUUGAGAAAGAAAAGCAAAUAGUCUAUGCAAACGUGUGUGUCACUACACUUAUACUGUGGAAAUAAAUUGCUUUAUUAUGCAUAUAGUGGACCAAAGAUGCACAAACCAUAGCAAUAAAAAUUCUCACCUUGCAAGAUA